ACAUGUUUGUCGCAGUUUUCAUACGUUUCUGCGACACAAACAAACCAUCGUCUGCAUUUCGAGACGCAUUAGUUUCUUUAAAUCAAUUUGACCUUCAUUUAGUGCAACUCUAGUUGAGUCGGAAUGGGACGUGAGUCCAGACACUACAGGAAGCGCUCAGCGUCCCGCGGCCGGUCGGGCACCCGGUCGAAGAGUCGCUCCCCGGACAACAAGCGCUCAAAGAAAGACGACCGAGACCGAAGCAGGAGGGAUCGGUCCAGGAGCAGAGACCGCAGGAGGUCCCGGUCCAGAGACAGGAAGAGAGCCCGGCGGUCCCGGAGCAGAGACCGGAGGAGGUCCAGAAGCCGGGAGAGGAAGAGAUCGCGCAGUCGGAGUCGAACUCGCAGGUCCCGAACCGGCAGCCCGGCAAAGAGCAAGAAGUCAGAUGAAAAAGCCAAGAGCAAAGAAAAGGAAAAGGAGAGCGUCGAGCCAGUUUCCGAGAAGAAGAAGGUGAAAGAGGAGAAAGAAGAUGAGAAGGUGGAGGACGUAAGUUCAAAACAAGAUUUUGACCAAAACAAACUGGAGGAAGAAAUGAGGAAGAGGAAGGAGCGUGUGGAGAAAUGGAGAGAGGAGCAGAGGAAGAAGGCGAUUGAAAACAUUGGAGAGAUAAAGAAAGAACUGGAAGAAAUGAAACAGGGCAAGAAAUGGAGCCUGGAGGACGACGACGAUGAUGAUGAGGAGGGUCCUGCUCUGAUGGAAGUGGAUGAAGAUGAAGAGGAUGGGGAAGAAAAAGGGGAGGGAAAAGAGAAGGAUGCAGAGGAAGUGAAGAAGGAGGAGGGCGAGGCUGAGAAGGAGGCGCCGAUGGAGCAGCAGGAGGAGGAGGACGAGGUGGAUCCUCUGGACGCCUACAUGGAGGAGGUCAAACAGGAAGUGAAGAAGUUCAACAUCGGAGCCAUGAAGGGAAACGAUAAGAAAGGAGCAACGACGGUAACCAAAGUGGUGACGGUGGUAAAGACCAAGAAACAACCGAUGACGCACAAGAAGAAGGGAGAGCUGAUGGAGAACGACCAGGACGCCAUGGAGUACUCGUCGGAGGAAGAGGAGGUGGACCUGCAGACGGCUCUGACGGGUUUUCAGACCAAGCAGAGGAAAGUUCUGGAGCCAGUCGACCACACCAAGAUCCAGUACGAGCCGUACCGCAAGAACUUCUACGUGGAAGUUCCUGAGCUGGCCAAGAUGACCACAGAGGAGGUGAACGCGUACAGGCUGGAGCUGGAAGGCAUCACCGUCAAAGGCAAAGGUUGUCCCAAACCCAUCAGGACCUGGGUCCAGUGUGGCGUGUCGAUGAAGAUCCUCAACUCCCUGAAGAAGCAGGCAUAUGAGAAGCCGACGCCUAUCCAGGCCCAGGCCAUCCCCGCCAUCAUGUCCGGCAGAGACCUGAUCGGCAUCGCCAAGACUGGCAGCGGGAAGACCAUCGCCUUCCUGCUGCCCAUGUUCCGCCACAUCAUGGACCAGCGCCCCCUGGAGGAGGGAGAGGGGCCCAUCUCUGUAAUCAUGACUCCCACCAGAGAGCUGGCUCUGCAGAUCACCAAGGAGUGUAAGAAGUUCUCCAAACCGCUGGGGCUGCGAGUGGUGUGUGUUUACGGAGGGACGGGAAUCAGCGAACAGAUUGCGGAGCUGAAGCGCGGAGCAGAGAUCAUCGUUUGCACUCCAGGGAGGAUGAUUGACAUGCUGGGCGCCAACAGCGGCCGGGUCACCAACCUGCGGAGGGUUACGUACGUGGUGCUGGACGAGGCAGACAGGAUGUUUGACAUGGGCUUUGAGCCACAGGUGAUGCGUAUCGUAGACAACGUGCGUCCCGACCGGCAGACGGUCAUGUUCUCCGCCACCUUCCCCAGAGCCAUGGAGGCGCUGGCCCGCAGGAUCCUGGCCAAGCCCAUCGAGGUGCAGGUCGGAGGUCGCAGUGUGGUCUGCUCAGAUGUGGAGCAGCACGUGCUGGUGAUUGAUGAGGAGAAGAAGUUCCUGAAGCUGCUGGAGAUCUUGGGUCACUACCAGGAGAAAGGAUCCGUCAUCAUCUUUGUGGACAAACAGGAGCAUGCAGACGGCCUGCUGAAGGACCUGAUGAAAGCCUCGUACCCCUGCCUGUCUUUACAUGGAGGCAUCGACCAGUACGACCGAGACAGCAUCAUCAACGACUUUAAGACGGGAGUGUGUCGCCUGAUGGUGGCCACCUCAGUGGCGGCCAGAGGCUUGGACGUCAAGCAGCUCAUCCUGGUGGUCAACUACAACUGCCCCAACCACUAUGAGGACUACGUCCACAGGGCGGGGCGCACCGGCAGGGCGGGCAACAAGGGUUACGCCUACACCUUCAUCACAGAGGACCAGGCUCGCUACGCUGGCGACAUCCUGAAGGCCUUGGAGCUGUCAGGCUCAGCCGUUCCUCCAGAACUGGAGCAGCUGUGGGCUUCCUUCAAGGACCAGCAGAAGGCGGAGGGUAAGGUGAUUAAGAGCAGCAGUGGCUUCUCAGGGAAAGGCUUUAAGUUCGAUGAGACGGAGCACGCUCUGGCCAACGAGAGGAAGAAGCUGCAGAAAGCUGCGCUGGGACUGCAGGACUCUGACGAUGAGGACGGCGCCUUGGAUAUCGAGGAGCAAAUAGAAAGCAUGUUCAACUCUAAGAAGCGGGUGAAGGACCUGUCGGCUCCCGGCGCGGCCGCCGGUCCCGCCGGCGCCGUCACGGCUUCAUCGGCGGCCCCCGGGGGCCCGGCGGGCCUCAUGCCUGGAUCCGCUGGAAACAACCAGAAGCUGGAGAUGGCCAAAAGGCUGGCGCUCAAGAUCAACGCUCAGAAGAACCUGGGCGCCGAGGCUCAGGACGUGAUGCAGCAGGCCACCAACGCCAUCCUGCGCGGCGACCCCAUCAUGACCCCGUCGGUGUCGGCCAAGACCAUCGCAGAGCAGCUGGCGGAGAAGAUCAACGCCAAGCUGAACUACACGCCGGUGGAGAAGCUGGAGGAGGAGCGGCAGGCGGCUGAACAGGCCGAAACCGUCAAGAGAUACGAAGAGGAGCUGGAGAUCAACGACUUCCCUCAGACGGCCCGGUGGAAGGUGACGUCUAAAGAGGCUUUGCAGAGGAUUGGUGAAUACUCUGAGGCGGCCAUCACCAUCAGAGGAACGUAUUUCCCUCCAGGCAAAGAGCCGAAGGAGGGAGAACGAAAGAUUUAUCUGGCUAUUGAGAGUGCGAGUGAACUGGCUGUGCAGAAAGCCAAAACGGAGAUUACACGGCUAAUAAAGGAAGAGCUCAUCAGAUUACAAAAUUCCUACCAGCCGACAAGCAAAGGCCGCUACAAGGUGUUGUAGAGGAAGCGGCGAGGAUAAUCCGAUCUCACGUUUAUCUCAGCAGUUUCAUCAAAGUGGAUGAUGAAUAUUUUAAUCUGUGUUUUAAUGUUUCAUUGAUUUAGUUUGUAUUUCCCCGACUGUCUAGCCGUUUUUCCUCUCGUUCCACAUUUAACAUUAAAGCAACACGUUUCUCCAAUGA